AAAACCUGAGUAGGACUGAGCUGUGUUUAAUCUAAACUAGUAGCCCAACAGAUUUAAAGGAGGUAAAAACUACGGUGCUGUCUACUGAUGAAAUUGCAGCAAGGCGAAUCAUGUUAUGUGAGCUUAAAUUGAAAGUGAAGCUGGUUUACCUGUGUAUGUAAGGAAAAGGCACAUGAUCCCCUGAAUGUGCACCAGCUGGUCAGUUGGUGAUGGCAGAGGACAAGACAUUUCGCUACGGUCUCAUUGUUCUGGGAUUCUUUCUGAUCAUAGUUGGAAUGUUCAUUAUGAAUGUGGAUAAGCCCGGAGUCUAUGCAACAUUCUUUUCUGUCGGGAUUCUGAUGAUCGUCGUGGGGAUUGUCUGGACAAUUUGUCAGUGCUAUCCUAAGAGGUCCUACGUUCCACCUAUCAAGUCAGAAACAGAGCAUUUGUUUCCAGACAAACAGCAGCUUCCAAACUCUAUUUUAGAGCGUGAAGUUCCUCUCAAAUCAAGCUUCCAGAGUCCAACCUGUGAAGAAGCUGAACAGUAUGCAAAAAACCUCCCUACAUAUGGGCAGACCCAGCAAAACAAAGAUUCACCUGGAGUGAACUCACCUCCCACUUCACUCCAGUCCAAACAUCUGGAUGAAAGUCAAUCUUCUGUGAAGGCAGAGGUUCUGGUCCACAGAGAUUCAGACAGCGAUGGGGAAACCUGUUCUAGCUGCAAUGACAUUACCCUUUCUGCUGGAAACAAAGGAAGAAGAGACACCGAGGCACCCCUUGCCUCAUUCAAGGAAGACUUCAACACCACAGUCAGCUCAUCUUCGUCAAACAACCUGUCUCUUCUCAGGCACAGGUCAGUCCUCCCCUCUUCUUCCAGAAACAAAGGCCAGAGCCAACUAUCUCAGAAUGAAAAAGUCAUUGAUGUCAUUUCUCCUGACUGUCCAGCUCAGUGUAACCAGCUAGCUGUCAGUACUUCGGAGAGUGAUGACAGAAAUAUCACAAGUAUUGCAACUGCAUCACCUUUUAAACUUGCGCAAUCAGCAUCCAGGGACAGUCAGGAAAAAGAGGACCAGAUUCAAAGUGAUAUGUUUUAUGGCAUAUGUGAUGAAAUGAAUGGAAUAAAUCUUUAUAUUUCUGAUGAGUCAGAACAAGAAGAAUGCCACCAUGAUGAAAUUUCUGUAUAAAAUCUGCACGAUGUUCAGUAUUUUAUUUAAUAGUUACAUGCUGAGCAUUUGAAAAUCCUUCUGAUUGUGCGUGAGUGACACCUUUGGUGCUGAAUUCUUUUAUUAACAGAAAAUCUGCUGACAGGAGGUCAAAGAAAAUUAUGAUUUUGAAUCACAACUUUGUUCUAUUAAAAAUGUCAAUGCAAAUUGCAAGUUUCACUCCUUAAAUAAUUAAUCAAGCAAUUUAGAAAAUUCCUUCAUAUAACUUACUUUGUGAACUGUCAAAGUUCAAUGUCUUCUCUUUUUUCCUCCAUUUUGUUAAUUUUCGCAGGAGGUCCUUCUGAAUUUUUUUUUGUACUUUUUGCCAUGUUUCCUGGAACCACCAUGUGUCAAGUGGGAUUGAGCACCUUCUGGCACCUUUAGCUCCUUCUACAUGACCAAAUGGCUUACAAAGUGAUUAUCCAAGCCUCAGUCAAGAUUGUCAUUGGGAACCCUCACUCCAGACUUCAGGGGACUUCUUCCCUGUCAUGGUCCGUAUUCUGAUCCUCUUCUGUUGCUGUGGCAUCACCAGAAUUCUCUACUAGUGGGGUCCUCUGAAUGGUCCAAGCUCAAUGUUGGGAAUUUAUGCUUGGGCUAGGAUGGACAGAAAUAGCAAGGCACCGAUCUCUGCCCAAAGAGGAAAGUCGAAGCCAAAAUGUCACUCUACCAUUACCAUGCAAUUUGUAUAUUCCUUAUCAUAUUUGGAUGACUGUAUUAAUUGAUCACCAUCAGAUUGAGUGGGAAGUUCCAGUGGAGAUAACAGCUGAUAGAAGAGCACAUAGUAUCUAUACAAUAUGGAGGCAGGCAAUUUGGGUAAUCAAAUCUGAACUGAUCCUCCAAAAGCAUCCCAAUCAGACCUAGACCCUCACCCCAUCCCUAUAAUCCCACACUUCCCAUGGCUAAUCCACCUAACCUACACAUCCCUGAACACUACGGCAAUUGAGCAUGGCCAAAUCACCUAAUGCGCACGUCCUUGGACUGUCGGAGGAAACUGGAGCACCAGGCAGAAACCCACGCAGACGCGCGGAGAAUGUGCAAACUCCACACAGACAGUCACCCGAGGGCGGAAUCAAACCCAGGUCCAUGGUGCUGUGAGGCUGCAGUGCUAACCACUGAGCUAUUGUGCCACUCAGGAACAUGUGAAGUGCAUUCAUAGCCAAUUUUCUGCCUCACCUAACUCCAGAUUUGCUCCUCAUCAGAUAGAAUCCGAAUAGGAAAUACCAGCUCUUAUUCAUAAUCUUUGUGUUCCAUUUUUCUGCACAUCUACCACUGUACUGCCUCUUCGACUUAAUGCAUUCUGCUUCUGUAACAUAAAUUAGUCAGCUUCGUACUUAUUAAACAGUUAAGCUUAGAAUCAUUUACAUACUAAUUUAACUAAUUUUUUUAAAAACUCUAAACUGGAGAUGGUUUUGACAUUAAAGAAACUCUUCACAUUUUCACAUUUUUUGCUGCUCUUAUCUCUGUUAGUUGGCUGCAAGGGAACUAUUGAUGAAUGCAAAAUUAAAUGUAAAAAUGUAUUACUGACUACAAAACAGAAGUGACAAUUUUUCAGUAGCGUCAUCUCUUCCUGUGAGGUGGCAACUGAAAUUAAUUCACCAAGGCUCCUUACAGCACCUUCACAACCACUUUCAUCUAGAAGGACAAGAACAAUGGAUACGUGGAGGACACCAAUCCCUGGAAGUUCCCCUCCACCCCACUCAACAUCCCUAGUAAGAAAUGUAUCACUGUUUCUUCAGUGUUCCUGGGUCCAAAUCCUGGACCCCCAUCUCAAAAGCUUUGAGUUUAUCCACAGCUCCUGGGCUGCAGUGAUUCAAGAAUGCAGCUCACCACCACCUUCUCAAGGGAAACUAGUGAUGGGCAAUACAUAUCGGCCUAACCAGUGACAGCCAUGUCCCAUGAACAAAUUUUUAACAAGCUAUGCAACAGUUGGAAACAAAAUGUAAGCACAAGACACGUAAUGUAUUCAAUUGGUACUACUGUAUUAGUCAUCUCACUCGAGUGCAUUUUAACCAUUAAACAGGGUUCACUUUUACACAGAGGUUCACUAUUUUGCACGACUUUUCUUGUAAGCAUUUAGUCAGUCUUUGGUUGAUGGGCAAGUAGGGCAUGCAAUAUUGUGGCCAUGAUGUCUGAGAAGCACACAAAUCCUGACAGACAAUUGAACGGAGAAAGAUGAAUGUGUGCAACAGCAACCAGUUCAAGAAGAUGCAGUCAUACCGAAUCAGACUUUAAUGUAUGAAGAAACAGAAGAGCAACAAUAAAUAG